AUUUCGCUGUUAAAAAUUUUCCAACUCAUUCCUUCUUUGCUAAUCACUCCAAUCAGUGGAUGAAAAAUCACUUUUCCUGAAUUUCCGCGCUUUAAAUCGAAUUUUUAAUAGUUUAUCUAGUUUAGAAUGAUCGAUUAGUGGAAGAAGGAUAGUUGAAACAUCGUUGCAGUAAGUUUAGAAUCGAGAAAGUUACGCGAGUGCGGUUUUGAUUGAAGGUGAUUCCAGUGUUUUCAUUCCGGAUCCGGACGACUGCGGCGGAAAACAAUGGACGAUAACAUCCGAAAUCCUCUGGACACGAAGAUCAAUGCCCUCAUCGAGAAGGUGUUCCUGAUCACACUGAGCAAGGAUCCCCCGAAGGGUUCCCGGGCCGGGCAGCAGAUGGUGUUCAUGGAGGAAGUGGCCCAGGGCUGUGAGGAAUCGACUUUGCUCAAUCUGGAAGUGCUGGAACAGGCUUUGUUUGAAAGGAUUAUCCUGUUCAAUCCUUCGGACUACUUAAUCCCCAGCAAUGUGACCACAUCAGACACGGAAGACGUCGCCCAAACCAAGGUGCUGCUGUAUCUAUACGGAUGUUACGUGAGAAACUCGGAGGUGGCCAAUUUGAACGACUCCAUCGCGACGGACACUUCCCAGAAGAUGAAGGGACUGAUCCUCAGGAAUGCAUGCACAUCGUUGAAGCAGCCGGAUCUCUUCGAAGGUCAAAACUUGUCCAAUCAGAUACUGGAUAUUUUUAAGCUGGGCGAUGAAAACCAAAGCCUAAAGGAGCGCUUUAUUUCGGAAACGGUCAAGGAAGUGUUUGCCGAUUCCGAUUCGGAGCAGGAAGGGUUCGAAGCAUUGAGGGUCGUUUUCAAUCCAGCCUUUGUAGAGCUGGGGAGAUCGUUGAGAAGCGCUUCCCUCGUCAGCAUGGAGCGCUGGAUUAUGCCAUUCUUGCAGGUUUUCGUCAGCGAUAAGAGCACUCCUCAGCUGGGGCAUCUCUUUCUGGAUUUUACAAGUCCGGCUGCCGAUGCACAAGGUAUCAAAUAUUCCGAAUCGAUAUUGGGUCAACUGUUAUCUCUAUCGAUAAUGCCGCGCAACCACAACGGACCGUACGAGUUCUUCGACAAUCCGCUGAAUACGAAUCGAUCAGCGUACGAUAACCUUUCGUCGACACUUUGGAACUACACCAAACUUCAUCUGGAGGCGAUGCACACCUUCGUGAAGGGGUUUCUGCUGAUUGGAGGCGAAGUUCGAAGCAAAAUGUUGGAUUGGAUUGGAAAAUGCUUGCACGCCAAUGUUCCGCGAGGACAAAUCUGGAACACGCACCAGAUGCAAAGUAUCUUCGGGAAUAUGACCACGGCUCCCGAUUCAUUCAGCGUAAAUCUCGCCGGAGUGCUUCUGCGUUUGUGUCAACCGUUGUUGAAACCUCAGCUCAAAGUCAUGAUCGUAGACCCGACGUAUAGUUCUGUCAAGGAAUCGGACAAGAUUUCCAAAGGUGUUCACAUGAAGGAUACAGAGAAGGAAACCUGUCUGUUACCGGUGGAGGAGAACGAAGAACGCUUGGAAGCAGACAAAUACAACUUUGUGACGGAGUGUUUCUUCAUGACACACAAAGCUAUUGAUCUCGGCUUCAGGGUCUGCAUUGAGAAAUUCUUCCGGAUGAACCGGGAGCUUCAUCGGCUGCAGGGAGCCUAUCAAGAUGCGCUGGCGGGGGGAAUGUCCGGAGGAGCAGCAGAUGUAUCGAACAACAUAAUGAAUAUGUUGUCCAGCCAAACGCAGCGGUUCCUCUGCCUUCAGAACAUGCUUCGCGAGCCUACAACCGAUCAGUUGCUGUUGCAGUUUUAUGAAGCUUCAUCGAUUUGGUUGACCCAGGUGGCCGCCCGGGACGCAUCGAAGAUUGACGCCCUGGACAAAGCCAAGGGAUUUGCCCCUCAAACGGUGGACGAAGUAAAUUUACCCUCAAGUAACGCAAUUUCCAAGGUUUUAAAAUGCAUUCCUGAGUACAUAAUGGAAAACAUCGUAGGAUAUCUUCAAUUCUCACGACACUUCGAUAGCCAACCCCUUCGCGUAGACGUGGACGCUCAGAACAACAUUUUUACCAUGAUAUUGGUGUUCAUGGGUUCAUCUGAGCGCAUCCGGAAUCCGCAUCUUCGCGCCCGGCUUGCCGAAGGUCUCGAAAGUUUACUGCCCAAAGAGUCGGAAGGGUUCAACUUCAGCGCAGCGCUUUUCACCAGCCACGUUCAUCGUCUAGAAAUCAUCCCCAACCUGUUGCGGGUCUUUGUCAGCAUCGAAAUGACCGGCCAAAGUGUCCAGUUUGAGCAGAAGUUCAACUAUCGCCGUCCGAUGUACGCCAUCAUGGACUACCUCUGGAAGAUUGACGAACAGAAGCAAUGCUUCCGAACACUGGAACGGGAAGCAAUUCGAAACAUCGAAGCUGAAGAUCCUCCCAUAUUCUUGCGGUUCAUCAACCUUCUGAUCAACGAUGCCAUUUUUCUGCUCGAUGACUCGCUCAGCAACUUGCAACAGAUUCGACAACUACAGGCGGCAGAAGACGCUGGAGAAUGGGCCAGCCUUCCGGCAAACGAGCGACAACAGAACGUGGCCAAUCUAAGGCAUUUGGGGAUGCACGCGCGGUACGACAAUAUCCUCGGUAGAGACACCAUCAACAUUUUGCAAUUGCUCACCUCGGAAACGAAGGAAAUUUUCUGCCACUCUUCCAUGGUGGAUCGCGUGGCGGCAAUGCUAAACUACUUCCUACUGAAUCUGACCGGACCGAAGAAGGGCAACUUCAAGGUAAAGGACAAGCGAGAGUUCGAAUUCGAUCCGGCCAACACGGUACUGGAAAUUUGCCGCAUCUAUACCAACUUGCAGGAGUGCGAUGCUUUCUGUUUAGCAGUUUCGCAAGAUGGUCGAUCGUACAGUCCCAAGCUGUUCGAGUACGCGGAGCAGGUGUUGACUCGUAUUGGCGGCGGUCAGCUCAUUGGCGAAAUGCAGGAGUUCUCCACCCGUGUCCAACAUCUGGAAAAGCAACAGAAGAUCGACGAGGAAGCCCUACUAGACCCACCCGACGAGUUCCUGGAUCCGAUUAUGUCAUCGCUGAUGAUGGAUCCGGUCAUUUUGCCCAGCUCGAGAAUAACCGUCGAUCGGUCGACCAUCGCGCGGCAUCUGUUGUCCGAUCAGUCCGAUCCGUUCAAUCGAUCUCCGCUUACAAUGGAUCAAGUUAAACGGGACGUCGAGCUGAAGGCGAAAAUUGACGCCUGGGUCAAGGAAAAACGAGAAGAACACGCGGCCAAAAUGAGCAGUAGUGAGGAAGCGCCACCCGCAGCAGAGUAGACGAUGCAAGUCACUAGCCAUGUAAACGUAUAGCUAAGAUUGAGUAGAUGGUUUUCGAAGAGCUAUUUUUUGUACCACUAUUGUUUGUUCUUUCUGGAAUGUUUCUGGCCAGAGUUUUGUUUUGCAAUGUAUUGCUAGAAAAAUCGAAAUCGGCUUUCACUGGCAUGAAACGCGUGACACGUUAUAAGUGAGAAUUGUUUAUAAUUCUUAGAAAAUUUAUUUUUCCUAUCAGUUGUUUAGAGUGUCUAUGUAGCUUUGUACCGGGAUUAGAAUAUAUAUAUCUGAAAGACAUCUGUAGAGGUUUUAGAACGGCGAACAAUAUAAUUAUAAAUAAUUAUUCAACUAA